AUGCAGCUGAUUGCUGCGUGCGGCGGCAUACUCGCCUCGUAUUCGUUCGUUGCUAACCUUGGGAGGAUGAACGCUACAAUGCCUAGAAGGCACCCAAUGUGCGCCAUGAGAUUGGGCGGUAUAAACUCCUCUAGCGUGUUCAAGGAAGCAGAAGAACUGCUCUCAGAAUUACCGGCGCAGACUACGGUGCCCCCAUCGCCCUUAAAACACAGACGAGAGAUGCUCACUCCUAAAUAUUCCAAUGUCACUCAGGAUGCCGGUUCCGUGGAGGACGACGACUGGUAUACCAACGAUGUCGCGAAACGGAAUAUACAGAACAUCAUAAAUUCUACAAUAGGGGGCAGGAGGAAUACCAACAGGCAGCAUGCUGCCGGAAAAGCGGUUCAGCAACCGAAAAAGAAUCGCAAAAAAUACGGCCCUGGAAAACCGGUGGAUAUGAAGAUUUGGAUGAAUAUUGGCACCAACGACCUUCUCACCAGGUGCAAAAGGGCACGUAAGUUCUUGGAGGAUGGCAUUCCCAUCAUGUUCAAAAUCGAGGGGCAGGGUCACGCUGAGAAUUACAUGACCCACGGGCGGCUUAUCGUGAAUACAGCCAUGAGCGUCCUCUCAGACGUGGCUAAAUUAGGAGGCGACCUGCAGAUACAUACUAACUUUCUGUCGCAGAUAUUCAACCCUCUUGUUACUGUAAAACGAAACGCAAGCACGCAACAUGUGGAUGCGAAACAUCGUGAUGCUGUUGAGGUGCCGGGAAGUGUAACUGGCAGCAUGGUAAAUGGUUUAUCGGAACCGUCUGGAAGAACUGGAAUGACGAGAACCGUGGAACCAGCGAAGCCGGCAACGCAAGGUCCACACGGCACUAUUCCGACAGUAUGGGGCCAAAAAAAUGUACAACAUUUGUCAGCAACUACGUUUAAGCCAGAUGGUUCCACAGGAAGGUCUGGUGGGGUGAACCAACGUUGGACAGAAGCUGCUGAUGCGUGCUAUUCGGAUUCUCGGUUGCCUCCAGUACAUGGUUACGAUAACACAACACCAAAUGACCAUUCACAUUUUGCAAGGAGUGCUCCACAAACUGGUAUAUUCACUGCAACGACUGUUCAGACCACUAGGGACGCUGCAAGACAUAAUGCUCCAGAAUCAUAUCAACUGGCGAACAGUACCCUUGCAGUGGAAACUCGUAUUUCAGAUGGAGAAACAAUGGUGCAGCUUAAAUCGCAAAAUUCAGGUGGUAAUGCCGAGCAUGCGGGGGUACCUGAUCCAAAACUAACACAGGUUAAGGGAGUUGGCAAGGAUAAGUCCGCCUCGAAAUUUAUGACCAUUGAAAAACCCACACAGGUCCUUACAGCAAAUACGAGUCCAACGGCCAACAACGAUGUUAUGCUCAAGCGAUUCAUCGAAAUGCGUUCUGGAACAAUGCCCCGUCCGGCUGCGGCACCUCCUGUCCCGAAUGUGAUGGCAAACGCUCCACCGCCGCCCGUCCAAUCCGCUGCUUCUAACCCAAUUCCACCGUAUGUUACGCAGUUACAAAGGCCAAGGAUAGAGGUGCCAUACGUGUCGCAUCAAACAAUCCAUCAUCCGUACAAUGGGGGCUAUGCCGGGCAAAAUUACAACUUCGCAUACGAACGGGCAUCUAGGCCGAUGCCCCUCGCACAGUCACCUCCGGCACCUGUGAAUUCAGAAACGAGAUGGCCUUAUACGUCUAACCCGAGUCGCAGCACCACACCAGCGGUCACCAACACGCAACGUCUGAGCAUCGGUACAGAAAAGACGGGUAAUGGGGCCAAAUCCCGGUGGAUUGUGUUAGACAAAGAUAACCCUUGA